ACUGAGGGGGGAUAUACUGAAGGAAUUUCUCAACUGGAAGUUUCUGCUAGUGGUAGGUUGUGGCUUUCUGAAGUGACGAGUUCUGCCUUAUGACUCAUCGAUGACUCUCCAACAGUAGGCAGAUUGGCAGAUCUUACUCGCUCUGCUCUAAUCCGUGCGAGCAUUACGGAGCAUUUGCAAUGCCUUCAUCCCACAUGAGAAAGAAGGCACCCUGACUACUCCCUGCUCAAUCCAUGCUUGCACCAACCGCGUGCCUGUGCAUCCAAACCUGGUUUGAAGAACUGGUAGCAGUUCGCCUUUCGCUGGAUACUCAAGCCGCGCCGAGCCUUUCUGAGGGUCCAUCACCACCCAAUACCUCCUUGCUAGACGUAUUAUUCCAUCCUGAGCUUCUCAUUGCUGGUAGCAUGUCGCCUGCUAGGAAAUGAAUCACCGUAGCCGGACCCUAGCAGGCCACACUCCCUUACACCGCUCAGCAGUAACCCCACUUGUCAACCAUAUUCCGUUCUUCGACAAUUGCUUCUUAGCACGUCUCAGGAUCUCGCCUGUUAAUAUACUGUAGCCUUCCCUCCCCACAGUAGCCUUCCGCCUGUACCCUCCGCGACGGUAGUCUUUCCCCAUACCCCUGUAACUCCUCCCCGGUCGCCUCCCGUUAAUGACGGGGUCAUAGGCAUCGCUGCGCUCCUGGCGAGAAGAAAGCUCCUCCUCGGUUGGUUCUCCGGCUCGCAUCUGGCGAUGCUCGGAGGGGUCGACCCGCCGCGAUCGCCAGGUGGCAAGCCGUCAUUGGUCGCGUCGAGCCCGUCUAUCGGUGGUACAACCGGACCGCCAGGGCUUAUGUCCCCUUCCAAAAUGACUGGACCGCCGACUCUCUCCGCCUUCCUCCUUCCCUUGAUUCGACGCAGCCGAAUCCAGUGGGGCCUUGGACUUCUAUGGAUCGUUCUCUGUCUAAAAGUGAUGAAGGACUCAGUGGAUCGCAUGGAUCGUAGCCUGCAGUCGCUCUUCUUCUACGAGGCCUUCCUCUACUAUAACCCGCUCCUCAUGAUCGCGCUGAUGGUGUGGCUGUGGGGGAUCAACCUGUACGGGCUGGCGCACUCGCGGGUCAGCUACGCCAAGGUCUUUGACCUGGACCACAACCACCUCACGCACGCGCAAAUAUGGCAGGUGUCAGCAGCGCUGUCCCUGGCGGUGCUCUCCUCCAUGACGGCCUACAUGUUCCUCUUCUCUCACGGCCUCAUCAACUUUGCGGCGACGCAACCUGUACUGAUGUACUGUUCUCUGCCGCUGACGCUCGCUCUGCCCUUUGAUGUCCUCUACGCCCCCUCCCGGGUCUACUUUCUCACCACGCUCUUCCGACUCACCUUCCCUCUGCAACCAAUCUCGUUUGCAGAUUUCUUUGUGGCUGAUGUGCUCACGUCCAUGGCCAAGGCUUUAUCUGACGUGGAGCGGUCCAUAUGCCGCAUGUCACAUGGCCAGGUGGCGAGCAUAGCAUGGAUGGAUGCAGGGGACGUGUGUGGGAGCCACUCCAUCAUGAUCCCAGUGGUACUCGCCUUCCCAUACGCCUGCCGCUUCUUCCAGUGCCUGCGCCAGUACUCCGACACCCGAGACAAGUCCUGCCUGCUCAAUGCGCUCAAGUACUCAACAGCAUUUCCUGUGAUCAUCCUAUCAGCCACCAAGUAUCACGUGCCUGUGGAGCGGUGGAGAGCAGUGUACCGGCCGCUGUGGCUCAUGGCAUCCGUGGUCAACUCGUGCUACUCCUACUACUGGGAUAUAUCUCGAGAUUGGGACUUUGGGUGCUUUUCCGGCAAUUGCAAUUCGCGAAACCCUCUUCUCCGCAAUAACCUUUACUUUCCUCAAAGAUGGGUCUAUUAUUGGGUGAUGUGCUCGAACCUUGUUCUUCGAAUCUCCUGGACUUACAAGCUUUCGUCCCACCUCCGAAACAACCUUGCCACAACCUUUGUGGUUACAGCGUUGGAGAUGGUGCGCAGGUUUCAAUGGGUCUUUUUCCGGGUAGAGAACGAAUGGAACAAGAUGACAAUGCGCGCGGCAGCCUCAGCAGAAGACUUGAAGGGCUUAGCGGCUUCGGAGGAUCAAUCCGAUGACAUACCGCUCCUUAAUGUCACAGGAGGGAAGGGUUCUCCAAGGGAUAUUUGAACGUGGAGAGCCAUUUCUAAAUGUCUAGGCCAGUUCAGCAUAGGCUUAGCUUGUGCAUGUACUUCGAAUUCUUUUCUAUGAUCAGUUCCUAAUUGUUCAAGUUUAAGC